AUGCUGACUUCUAUCCAGCUGAUAUAUCUGCUUUUUUGGACGAGCAUUAGCUCAGCUGAUGCUGAGAAACUUUUCCAUAAUCGGGAUCAUUCUGAUGUGCAGACCCCUACUUCUCACCAAGCUGGUGUUAUAACAGACAAGUACACAGCAGAGUUAUUUCUCUCUAGAUAUGGAUUCAUUAAGCCAGUGAACUGGGAGGAGAUCCAGUUUGAAGAUUCAGACACCUCUUUUAAUGAUGACUUCAUGGAUGACCUUCAAGACACGAUCCAGGAGGGAACUUCAGUGCAUCAUUCAAGGGAUGCUCCUUGGGAUGGUGAUCAAGAUGAUCACAACAGUCUUACUGGGAGGCGAGCAUUUGUUUCAGCACUUGAAGAGUUUCAAAGGGUAUCGGGCUUGCCUGUCACAGGUGUUUUUGAUGAGGCCACCAAGAUAGCAAUGAACAAACCGCGAUGUGGAGUCCCUGACAAGGAGAUUGACCUGAACAUCCCUACUGGCAGUAACAACACAGCAAUUAAUAUAAGUCAAAUGGUAAAUAUCAACUUAAACAUACAUCAGAGUGAAGCAGUGCGGCGCAGGAAACGUCACCUUGCCACUCUUGUAUCCAAAAACAGGCACAGGAGAGAUUUGAGUGAAACUGGUUACAUGGCCUUUUCUAAGAGGGUGCUGAAAUGGAGGCUCAUAGGAGAAGGCUACAGCAGUCAGUUGUCUAUUGAAGACCAGAGGUACAUCUUCAGAAUGGCAUUCAGGAUGUGGAGUGAGGUGUGUCCGCUGGAGUUUGUGGAGGAUACGCAUUCCCCACUGGAGGAUGUGGAUAUCAAGCUGGGAUUUGGCACAGGAAGGCAUCUGGGUUGCAAUCAGAGGUUUGAUGGCACUGGUCAAGAAUUUGCCCACGCCUGGUUCCUGGGUGACAUACACUUUGAUGACGACGAACAUUUCACUGGUCCCAAUGCUGGCAGUGGGAUCAGCCUCCUAAAAGUGGCAGUUCAUGAGAUCGGCCAUGUUUUGGGACUCCCCCACAUCUACAGAUCUGGCUCCAUAAUGCAGCCCAGCUAUUUGCCCACAGAGUCAGGCUUUGAGAUGGACUGGAUGGACAGGAAAGCCAUUCAGCACCUCUAUGGGGGCUGUAAAGGUCCAUUUAACACAGUGUUUGAUUGGAUCAGAAAGGAGAAGACACCCUAUGGGGAAGUGGUCAUCCGCUUUAACACCUAUUUCAUGAGAGACGGCUGGUACUGGCUAUAUGAAAACAGAAACAACCGCACACGCUAUGGAGAUCCAGUUGCACUGCAGACUGGCUGGCGUGGAAUUCCCAUGGAGGGAGUGGAUGCGUAUGUGCAUGUUUGGUCCAGAAAAAGAGAUGCUGUUUACUUCUUUAAAGGUACUCAGUUUUGGAGGUAUGACAAUGAGAAUGACCACGUGUUCAGACAGGACCCUGAAGGUCACGGCUAUCCGAGGUUAAUCUCUGAGGGUUUCCCAGGGGUGUUCAGUCCCAUUGACACAGCCUUUUAUGACAGGAGGGACUCCCACAUCUACUUCUUCAAAAGCAGUCUUGUGUAUGCGUUCAACGUGGAAGCCAACAGCUUGGCAAGAGGCUUCCCCAAAAACAUCAGAGAUGUUUUCCCUCCAGUGGAGAGUGGAGACCAUCCAGAUGGCAACAUCGAUGCUGCCUACUUCUCCUACACCCAUAAUGCAAUUUUUCUACUCAAGGGCACGCACUUCUGGCAGGUGGUGGGCAGCCGCAAGCGCCAGCGCCGGCCCUUUCUGCCACGAAAUGGCCUGUUGCCACACAAGGAGGUGGAUCAGCAAUGGUUCGACAUCUGCAACGUUCAUCCCACUGCACUCAAACUAACCCGCUGAGGUUGCUGGAGCAGAGAUUCAUUAAACCCUGCUGAUGUGUACUGAUGUGGUCUACUGAUUCAAUUGAUUUUGUCUAUUCAUGUUUCAUGAAUAUC